GGUGCCCACGCUGCGCCUGCUGGCAGAAGACCAGACUCUGCUGGGGAUAGUGUCGAGAGAGGAGGCGCUCUCCAAGGCGCGCGAGUCGGGGCUUGACCUGGUGAUGAUAGCAGCGGAUGCCAAGCCGCCUGUGGCGCGAAUCAUGGACUACAGCAAGUUCCGGUACGAGCAGCAGAAGAAGAAGCGCGAGCAGCUGAAGAAGGCCGCUGCCAGCCGCCAGGAGCUCAAGGAACUCAAGAUGCGGUACAACAUUGACACGGGGGAUUACAACGUGCGCCUCAAGCAGGCUCUUAAAUUCCUCCACGACGGCGAUAAGGUGAAGCUGACAGCGCAGUUCAGAGGGCGCGAGAUGGAGUUCAAGGAGCUGGGAGUGAAGCUCUUUGAGAAGUUCCAACACGACGUGUCCGAGCUGGCGAUUGUGGAGUCCAAAGCACACCUGGAGGGGCGGUCGAUGCACAUGGUGCUGGCGCCCAACAAGGCCGUGCUGCAGCGCAUGGCUGCUGCCGAGGAGAAGAGCCGUCGGGCAGCGGAGAGGAGCAAGCGCGCCGAGACGCGUGGAGUGGUGUCUGGGAGUGAGAGUGCGGGGGAGAGCGCUGGCGAGAGUGAUGGGGAGAGUGAUGGGGAGGAGGUGGUGGAGGUUUUGAAAGAGCAAAGUGGGCGGCAAUAG